CCUCAUAGGACAUAGCUUCUAUGAGGUUGAGGCUUAGAUGGAGAGAAGACGAGAGGCUGUUUAGAUCAUGAGGUGAGGAUUCUGUGAUGAAGAGUUGACAAGAACGACGAUGGUAUGAGUGUUCUUACGACUACGGAGGAUCAGCCCUUCUGAGGUCCUGUUGUUCCUCACUUGGGCAUAUGAUCAAUUUGACGUGUUCAUAUGGGUGACCUACUGCGCGUAUACCUAUACUGCGUGAGAAGGAUCAUAGCCCUUCUUUGUCUGUAAAACUGAAGUUAACCAUCUAUCUAUUCAUAACUAAAUCUAAAAUCCCCAUAACUAAAAACCCCAAACGAGCAGGGGAAGGGUAUUCACACAAGUGUGUGUUGUUGAGGGUAGUGUUUUGAAGUUUCUCUCAACGCAGCGCUUUAUACAAUAUAGGUGCCGCUGGUGUGGUGUUUUGUUCUUCCAUUUUCGGGCGCACGAGAAAAUCACAUCGACUGAGCAUUUCUUCUGUUACAGAUAGUGUGGCUAGGCUUCAAUCAUGUAGUCAUCAUGAACAAAAUGACGUCAACAACGCAGAGUGGUGCAGCGACAAUCUAUGACGCCAGUAGGCAGUCUGCACUGAACUUUGUGCGAGAUAAAUUGUCUUGUGUUGUGUUGUAGAUUGACCACCGGAGAAAGAUGAAGACAGCAUCUUCAAGAGCAUUUGUGGAGCGGAGGAUGGGGGACGCAAAUGGAAGGGAUGCAACAGGAAAUGCAACAAGAGGAGCGUCAUCGCCAUCUUCAACUUCUUCACCACGAAGACCUGCAGUCUCUACCUAUGCACUGCUAUUCCUCCUUGUUCUCCUAGUAGGUGUUUUCCUCGCACCAGUUGUUUCUGGAGGAUGGUUUGGCUCUUUCUCGCGCGCAGAUGUCAUUACAAGGUAUCGUGGCGCGAUGCACCGUCAGGCGGUGAAAGUCGGUGAAAGUGAAGCUGUUACACGGCUGAAAGAAAAACCUGACGAAGAUCCUCCAGAACGUGAUGUCCAAAAACCUUCAGCCAGUGUGAAUGUUGACGACCUCCACGACCACAAAAGAAAAGAACACAAUAGAGAUGAAGCCUCAAAGACAGCCUCAACCUCCAGAAACUUAGCAGCGCACGAGCCCACACGGACAACACUAGCAGAGCAUGAGUCCGACGAAUUACAUUGGUCCUUAGAAGUACAAGAUCUACUACGCCAGAGCGUCCAGGCUGGUUUUGUUACGAUGCUCCAGACUAGUGCUUUACUUAUCGUAGCUACACACCUGGACAUUGCUGCACACAAAAGUUUAGUGUUGGCGUCCUGCACUUUGCUCGCUACAAGUGUGGCAGCAGGAUUCUCGGAAUACGUGGUUCGGUCGGCUGAAAGAGAAUUUCUGGUACUUCUAGCUUCUACUAGGCAUCUGCCCAUUAUGGCGAUCGCAAACUGUGUGUUUUUACAAAAGAAUCAGAAUGGUCUGCAUCAAGUCCUCAUCAGCCUUGAGAAAUCAAACAAAUUAUGAACAUUAGAUCCACGAAUGGAACCUUGAGCGAGAGGAGGUACUCCAAACAGGAGACGAAGAACGACAGGAGAUGAUUGCGCUGUAUCAAAAGCGAGGGGGCCUCCGUUUAGAAGACGCUAGCACGGUUGCGGAUACCUUGAGUCGUUAUCCUGAAUACUGGGUUCGUCACAUGCUCAACGAGGAAAUUGGGCUGAGAAUACCUAGCAGUUUGGCGGUGCUGCGUCCAAAGACGAAUGCAGCUCGACAACAAGGAUCCAUUUCUCGCGAAGAAGCCGAAGAAGACCUUAUCCCCGAACAACAAGGCGUCGCCACUGCUGCAUUUACCGUCAGUUUUAUGCACUUUUGUUUUGGUAUACUUCCUGUCUUGGGGAAUGCCUACCUGGUUUACUCUCGUCAAGUGCAUCUUCGCAUCAAAUUUUUUGUUGUCAACAACAUCGGCGUCCUCGCAGCAGCAAUAGGCGCUGGCGUUCUUCUUGGCUCUCUCGUGGGAGCGCGCCAUUUGCGUCUCUUUGUAGUCGCAAUAACAUCAGCUGCUGCUGCUACACUGCUUUUUGCUUUGCUGUGUAUGCAUUUGGGCAAGGUUGCAUUGGGAAUAGUUGUGGUAUCCCGGAAUAGACUUGGAGAAGAUGAAGACGGGCAUGACGAUGCCAGAAUUGUCUCUGGCAGUGUUAUGCCUUCCUCUAGCUCUAGCACAGCAACUGGAGGAAAGCUACAGAUACUACUACCUACUCUGGCAAUAGCAGCAAGCAGCUUCGGAUUUGCACUGUUUCUUGGGUCAAACCAAGAGCAGACAUUCUUUGCACAAGAGGCUCUUUUUGAUUUUCUGUCAGGGUCUUCCAAAAUGCCUACCGUGCCCUCUAGUGGCACGACGACAAAGGACACAGCAUCAACUUCUGGCGUAAGUGUCCUACACGUCUUCAUCAUUUCGACAUGCUGUUGCCUGUGUGCCGGACUAGGUUGUGUGCCCUUCUUUUUCGUGCCAUCUUCGGGUGUCACGGCUAAGACGGUGGCCCGUGCUAAUUUAGUAGCAGCAGGAAUCAUGUUGGCAGCUAGUUGGGGUUUGAUCACGGAAGCUUUUGAUCUCCAACGUGGAAGUACGACGCCUCCUGGUUCCAGGCUUGCUGCCAGUGCCUCUGUAUCUUGGGGUUUCGGACUCGGGAUUCUUUUUAUCGUAUUUUUGGAGAGAUAUCUUGGCGAUCCGGACCCAUGGGAGGUGAUGCUGUCUUUGUUUAGGCUUAGGAGGGAGGAGGAGGCUAUUUCACACGGAAGUGCUAACGAGGCUGGUGGAGUAGAGAAUCAUACUGAAAGAAUAGCUAACGAGGCUGACAUACAGAAGCCGACUGAAGAAAAAAUUUCGCCGAAGAGUCAAAGACUACCACCUUCUCAAGUGCUAGCAGGAUCGUCGCCUUCGUCUUGUAGCUCCAGUAGUCCUUGUCCGAAGAGUUCUGGUUUUUCUUCGCCAAAGAAACCCCCUUCUGGUUUUUCUUCUCCAAACAAGACUAGCGCUUCUUCUCCAAACAAAGCCUCCUCAACAGUAUUUCCUUCUUCUUCACCAAGCAAAGGCGUGCUGCUUUUCUUAGCCAUGUUCUUUCAUUCUUUCGCAGAAGGUGUCGCGAUAGGCGUCAGUUUUGGCGAGCAGGAAGGGAAUUUGGGUCUUUUCAUAGCCAUAGCAUUGGCCGUACACAAUGUCCCGGAGGGAUUGGUCGUGGGGCUUACGCUGUUGUGUCGGGAGAAUGAUGAGUUGUUCGAUGAGAAUGAUGAACUCGAAACAGAACAACUACCUUUGGAUGCGGCUCUUGAGGAAAGUUCUGGCACCUCAUCGUCCAACAAGAACAUCAACAUAGAAAGCCGUAUAACUACAACGACAAGCAGAAGGACUUGUUGGCAAGCCAUUGUCGUGGCAAUCGUUUCCUCCAUGCCUCAGCCGUUCAUGGCUGUCGUCAGCUUAGUAGCGGUACAAACCGCCGCACUUUUGCUGCCAUACGGAUUGUCUUUCGCUGCUGGAGCUAUGGUGUAUGUGUCCUACGUGGAACUUUGGUCCGAUGCAAGAAAGCCAGAGUCCGGACUCUCGCUUGGAGAAGCAUUGAUUGUUACGUCUGCUAGUUUUUUGUCGAUGUGCAUCCUCCAAGAGAAUCUUUUUUGAUGUUUUGUAAGAUGAUGUGUGUUACUGUACGCUUCUUGGAAGAAAUUCCUCGGGGCCUGGUCUCAACGCUGGUUUGGAAAAUCAGAUUGGAGACACAUGACAUGACAAGUAUCUUCUCCCAUGACGUUUGAAGAACAUGGUAGUUACCCUCACUGACAGAUCCUCCAUCCGCAUUCCACAUAUUUGAAUUAAGAGCUUAACGUUAUUCCUCUCGCAAAUUGAUUUUCACACGUUUCUCUACCAAGAACUGUAAUUAAUUCUUGAUCUUUGAAAGAUAAAGAUCACGUUGCUUCCCUCAUCUUCCCUAUCCCUAUUAUCCCCCUAGUUUGCACGCUGCGCUGGUUUACAAUAUGCUAGAUGACUUUGUCUUUGAGCAGGUAUCUUUGAUAGUACUUGCUUGGACAUUUGAUGGUCAUAACACUUUUAUUACUCGAGACUAGGUUACACUUAAAUUUGAGAAUCUUUAAUAUGAUCAUCAUUAUGUGAUCAUUCAACAUGUUUACUACCUCUAGUAACUUGAAUGUUUUUGACUGUCGGGCUUUGACCUCCUCCUUGUCUGAUGGGCAUAAUGAAUUUCUGCUUUGUUAAGCAGGGGAACAGGUUUUGGGAUUCAAUGGAGAGCAAAACGAUCAU